AUGGCUGAAGGAAAUUCAGAAAUAUUCAGCGAAGAUACUGCUGAGUUAUGCCAAACUCCUACAAUUUUAUCGAUUCCAGAAGAGAUAUUAGACACCAUUUUAUCAUAUCUUUCUUUUAACGAAAUAAGUGAACUGCGACCGGUUUGCCAUCAAAUCAACAAGAGAUGUCAGUCUCUGCUCAAUACAGGAUUUACCAGAGUAGACAGACUUCAUUCACAGAUACAGAAGAAAGUAAAAAGCCAGCUUCCACGGCGAGAGUCAGAACGUAGAAAUCAUGCGUUAGCUAGACAUGUUGAUAUACUGUCUGCAAUAGAAACACGUCUUUCCUUACUCAGUAUGACUUAUAUGAGAUACAUUGAUACUGGCCUGUGCUGCUUUAUACCUGGCAAGGUGCUUGAUGAAUUGUUGAAGAUUUUAAAAGCUUUACAGAUAACAACAAAACAACCAACUACAGACCAGCCUCCUCGGGCUCAUGAGUUCUUACAAGAGUUACGAGAUAUUUCUUCUAUGGCUAUGGAACACUUUGAAGAGAAAAUAGCACCAACUCUGAAAACAAGACUUCCUGCUCUUCCGUUACCCUAUCCUUUUAAUGAUUCUUGUAGUAGUCCCGAUACAUCAGGUCAGUCAUCACCUGUGAUAUCUUUAACAACACCAUCAGCAGUAAGAGGUCCUCCAAUAAGACAUGAACUCUCCAGACUGAAUGGACAGUUCAGGUCACAAUCUCUUGUUCUUACACAGUACAAAAGGGAGAUAACUGAUAUGAAAAAUCGCUGGUUAGAAACUCGUAAAAAAACAUUGGACCAGGAGAAGAAAAUUCAGAAUCAAAAGAAGAAAUUAAAUGAUCAGACAGAAACUAUUAAUGAACAACAAAAGAAAAUAAAUGAGCUGAAUAAAAAGAUUUUAGAAUAUGACGUAAAGUUUGAAGAUAUUUAUUCUGAAAUAACAAAACUGAAGGAAGAUAAGGACGUGACUAGAAAUAGCAGAUUACUAAUGACAGAAAGGGUCGUGGAAACUUCACCGCAGAGUUCACUGAAGAGGAAACCAUUACGACAGACCAGAACCUCAACAAAAAGACAGAAAACAUAAAUUAUAUACAAUAUUAUCGUAUACUGUAAACCAGUUAUAUACAAUAUUAUUGUAUACUGUAAACCAGUUAUAUACAAUAUUAUUGUAUACUGUAAACCAGCUAUAUACAAUAUUAUUGUAUACUGUAAACCAGCUAUAUACAAUAUUAUUGUAUACUGUAAACCAGUUAUAUACAAUAUUAUUGUAUACUGUAAACCAGCUAUAUACAAUAUUAUUGUAUACUGUAAACCAGUUAUAUACAAUAUUAUUGUAUACUGUAAACCAGUUAUAUACAAUAGUAUCGUAUACUGUAAAACCAGUUAUAUACAAUAUUAUUGUAUACUGUAAACCAGUUAUAUACAAUAUUAUUGUAUACUGUAAACCAGUUAUAUACAAUAUUAUUGUAUACUGUAAAACCAGUUAUAUACAAUAUUAUUGUAUACUGUAAACCAGUUAUAUACAAUAUUAUUGUAUACUGUAAACCAGUUAUAUACAAUAUUAUUGUAUACUGUAAACCAGCUAACUUUCGGGAGUGAUUUAUAUUUGCAUCUUUUGUGAAUAGAAAAAUAACUUGAAUAUGUAAAACUUUCAUCUUUCCUCAUAUAAAUACAUUAGGAAAUUAGAAUGUUGUGAAAAUAAAUCAUUAUGAAGGUGCCUAGAAAGGGCUAAACUCGAAAUAAAGUAAUCACGAAAAUAAGUUGGUUUACAGAAUGGCUAAUCCAUUGAAAUGAAUGAGGAAGGGAAGUUUUAUUUUUGGACAUAGGUCAUGGGUCAUCUAUGAUUAGAUGUCUGUAAAUAUUACUCCUAAAAAAGAUAGCAAGUUAAAUUUGGGUGAAUUUUGGAAGUCCCUUCCUACCAUUCAAAUGGAACAGCCAUAACAGUCUAGAGGAAACAAAAUUUUAUAUGUGAAUUAUGUCAGCUGAUCACAUAAUUUGCUGUUUCAGAAUCUAAAGCUUUUGACAUGUCAGAGUAAUGUUACUUUUAAAUUGGUGAAUGAACAGCAGAAUGACUCAUAGUUCUUUGGAUUCUGAAAGGCAAAUUAUCUUUUUUUUUAUUGAAUUUUGUAAUUUGUUACAUUUUAGUAUUUUAAAGAUAAGAAAAAAAGUGGCUUCAAAGCUUUCUUUGAAUAUCAGAAUUAUGUCUUGCAUACCACAUCUUCUUAUUUUUAUAUUGCAUGUCACAAACUCUGUUUUGUAAUAAAGAGUUUGAGGCUUUCUGAUUUGGUUGAUAUAAAGUCAGGAACUGGGAAUCUUAAAAGGGAUUAAUAUGGUAUGAAAAAUGCAGUUAAUGUUUGAUGAUUAGGAAACAAAUACUUAUAUUACAUACAAUGAAAUUUAACUUAUUCAAGCCUUUAAAAAUCAUGCUGACACCUAAUUGUAUUGAUAAACGAACCAGUUGCUUUAAUCUGGAAACUUCAGUAUAGAAUGUGAUGUUACUAUGAAAAUUAACGUAUUUAACCUAAAAUGGCCAUUUGCGCAUAGUUUUUGGUAAAAGAAUGUAUGAGCAAGGACAUUACCCAAAAAGAUAUAUUAUACACAUUUACAUCUUUGGUAAAUACAUUUUGUAGAAAAAUAUCUUUAAGGGUAAAGUUUUUCCUCAUAUCUAAAUACAAUGUAUUAAUGACAAGAUCUCAAAAUGUUUUUAAUAAUAUGGAAUAAUCUAGAAGCCCUAAUGCCUAUACAUAAAAUUGAGAAUAGAAAUGGGGAAUGUGUCAAAGAGACAACAACCCGACCAUAGAGCAGACAACAGCCGAAGGCCACCAAUGGGUCUUCAAUGCAGCGAGAAACUCCCACACCCGGAGGCGUCCUUCAGCUGGCCCCUAAACAAAUAUGUAUACUAGUUCAGUGAUAAUGGACGUCAUACUAAAUACAUCCUUUAAUACAUGUAUGUAAGACAAAAUUCAAAAAUAUGAAUACUGAUGUCGGAGAGACUAAUUUUCUGAAGGACGUUAUAAGGUAGAUUGAUAAUACUUCUGAUUUUCAAAUUCAAUGGGACAAAAAUGUAGUCUUAUCAUAUCUUCUCCUUUAAUACAGAGAUAUUUCCCAGUGAUUCAAACACAAUCAUCAACUUCAAUGUGAAAAUUCACUAGAAUGAGUGAUUUUUAGGUGAAUCACCUUGUGUCUACUGUUGCAUGUACAGUUUCAGAAGUAAAAGACAUUGAUUAAAAAUAGACAUUCAUUAAAAAAAGAACCAUUAAAGUUGAUUUUUCAUAGUUUCAACAAAACAAAUCUCUAAUGUCCAAUUUUUUUUGUUCUUGUAGGUUUUAACAACAGUUACUUAUUUUUUUAUUUUUUUGAAAUCAUAUAGGUCAUGUCAUUGUCAUAAUGUUAUUUAAUGAUAUAUAUAUAGUAACCAUCAAGAUGUUUUUUAUGCAUGUUACAUAGAUUAAAAAAAAAAUCUUAUUUAAAGCAUUUAAGAAACUGACUGUCAUCAUGGAAUGAAAGAUAUCAGCUAUUUCAUAAUAUAGUUUUUUUUACUCAUGGACAAAUGUUUGCUAAAUUUCGUUUUUGCAUAUUUUCUUUUGGUAAGAUCACUGCGAUAAAGAGUAAGAUCAUUUUCAUUUCAUCAGCAAAAAUAUUAGAGUAUGAUUGUUUCUUAUGUUAUGUUUAAAACUAAAUAAACAAACUUAUGGUCCAAAAAAAAAAUACUGGAAUUGAGGGUACAUCAAUAACAAUCUCAGCAUAAAUCAUCCAGACACCUGAAUCACCUUAUGUAUACUGAAAGGUGGGAAAUUUUCAAGGGAGGGUUUUCACCUUUUUGAUAAUUAGGUUAAAAUCAUGAAAAAUUUCCCAUCGUUUAAAUUUGAUAUUUUAAGAUGAUCACAAUCGUGGAUUAACAGAAAACCUUCAAUUAUAGAAAUAGGGAAAUUUAAACUCUGUGAAUAUAAUUAAUUUAACAGUUACAAUACACAUUGAUAUCAUUUAACUUUAAAGAUUUGAAAUGUUGAUGCAUCAAUGUAUAUAUUUAAAUCAAUGUUGAUUCAUUUUCAUGUCCGGUAUUGAAUGCAUUUAAAAAAAGCUCAACUCAUUGAAGCUUUCAUUAGAUGCUUCAAUGAAAUUUUUCAAGUUCAUUAUGUAUUUUAUCACUUUUCAACUAGUCUGCCAAGAUAAAAAUCAGGUUAUCACAAAUAUAACUUUUCGUGUUGCUAAGCUUAAUUUUAGAAAAUAUGCAUGUGUUUCAUUUUGCAUUUUUUUAUUGCUAAUUAUGAAGUUGAACACCUACACAGUAUUUUCUUAUAUCACUGUCACUAUGCAUGUACAAUUAAAAAAGAUGUAUAUUUUUAUGCUAGUAGUAGGGGCAUUAUGUUUUCUGGUCUGUGCGUCUGUUCGUUCGUCCGUCCGUCCGUCUUGUCCCGCUUCAGGUUAAAGUUUCUGGUCAAGGUAGUUUUUGAUGAAGUUGAAGCCCAAUCAACUUGAAACUUAGUACACAUGUUCCCUAUGAUUUUAAUUUUAAUGCCAAAUUAGAGUUUUGACCCAAAUUUCACGGUCAACUGAACAUAGAAAAUAAUAUUGCGAGUGGGGCAUCCGUGUACUAUGGACACAUUCUUGUUUAUGUGUAUAUUAAUUAGGAAACAAUUGUAUUAUAUGCAAGUACAUGCUGGCAUCAAUCUCUGAUUUGGUCGGUUACAAAUAAAAGAAUAUAAAAUGGAGGAAAUACUUGAUUUUAUCAUCAAGAUUACACAGAAAACUUGAAAUUGAUGCCAGAAAAUAUUUGUCCUUAAUAAAUGAAUAUUGCAAACAUGUUUUAUGAUAAUGAACUGAUUCAGAAGUGAAGUUGCAUUGGACUUUCUGACUGGUCAAUAUGUCAUUUAAGAGGUUUGGUGGAAAACAUGAUUGAAGUUGAAUUUCUUAAUUGGUUCAUUUUCAAGACGCUUCCCAUUUGAAAUGAUGUAGUAAUACCAGUUAAACAACUCUGAUAUAGCAAAAUGAAUGAUUUUAUACAUUGUAUAGAUAAUUUUCUAUUGAUUGAUGUAAUUUGAGUUAGGAGUUAUUUUCCUUGACCACCAUGUUAGAUGGCAGACUUAUUUGACUGACCCAAAAUUGAACAUGGCCCAACCAAGUCUGAAGAAAGAUCCUUACAAAAUUGUAGUAAUGAAUUUGAAAUAAAGAUAAAUAAAUUUUUUCUAAAGAUGAUUAUAACAAGUUGAAUUUAUUUGGUUUAUGAAGGUAUUUGUGCGAGUUGCUCUCCAAUAUGACAGCAAACAAAUAAAAACUUUUAUAAGAUAGAUUGAUUUAUUUGAAGUGGAUUUUUGUGUUUACCCCACAUCUCCUUUUAUUCGUAUUUGUUAUGUUUGGAGAGUAUCUCAUCUGUACCUUAUUAUUAGUGACAUAUUAUGAUCCUUUAACCUGCUACUUGGUUUUAAUGUAUAAGAUGAGAAUUUUCAUUGUUGAGAUUUGACUUUGAAAAUUCUAUAGAGGCAGUUAUCAUAUGUAUACUGAGAAAUAAUAAAAUGUUAUAAAAUAUA